AUGAUGCUUCCCUUCAGGUCUCUAGCGUCUGGGAUAAGGCUGCCCUUGUCCAGAAUAACGCCCAAGCUGACUCAUCCGCACCCAUCAACAUCAUUGAUUCAAUGCUCAAAAUAUCACACCCUUUUCAAUAAAAACCAAUCAAUAAUACCUAGAACACCAUUGACAAUACUUCAAAGAUACAACUCCACCAAUCCUCCAUCACCAGACACCACAAAGCUAUCUCCUCAUGAUUCAAAAGCUUCAGGAUUCCAAGAUAUUAAACGAUUAUUCGAACUGGCAAAACCAGAAACCAAACCAAUGAUUGGUGCAUUAUUCCUUUUGAUGAUCUCAUCUGCAAUUUCAAUGUCAGUUCCUCUUAUAAUUGGUAAAUUUUUAGAUUCAGGAAAUGAAAAUAAAGAAGAUGAUAAUGAAGAUAAAAAGGAAUUUGGAGAUACCAAAAUAUAUGGUUUAACAAUGAAUCAAUUCUUUGGAGCCAUUGCUGGUGUUUUCGUUAUAGGUGCAGUUGCUAAUUCAGGACGUGUCAUUAUAUUAAGAACUAUUGGUGAAAAAUUAGUUGCAAGAUUAAGAACAAGAACUUUGAAAAAAUCUUUAGAACAAGAUGCUUCAUUUUUAGAUAAUAAUCGAGUUGGUGAUUUAAUUUCAAGAUUAAGUUCGGAUGCCACUAUAGUUUCAAGAUCUGUUACACAAAAUAUAAGUGAUGGUAUUAGAGCAGUUCUUAGUGGAGGUGUUGGUUUAACAAUGAUGAGUCUUGUUAGUUGGAAAUUAACUUCAAUCAUGGCAUUAUUAGCACCUCCUUUAGGUGUUAUGGCAUUUUUUUAUGGUCGUCGUAUAAGAAAUCUAUCAAGAAAUUUACAAAAAUCUAUUGGUGAUUUAACAAAAGUUGCAGAGGAACAAUUAAAUUCAACAAAGACAAUUCAAGCUUAUGGUACUGAAAAUUUAGAAGUUUCAAAAUAUUCUGAAAAUGUUCGUGAAGUUUUCAAAAUUGGUUAUAAAGAGGCUAAAUUAUCUGGUAUUUUUUUCGGUACUACAGGGUUAAUUGCCAAUGUUGGAUUAAUUACAUUAUUAGGGAUUGGUUCCUCGAUGAUUUCAAAUGGUAGUUUAACAGUUGGUGAAUUAAGUUCAUUUAUGAUGUAUGCUGUUUAUACUGGUUCUUCAAUGUUUGGAUUAUCAAAUUUUUAUUCAGAAUUGAUGAAAGGUGCAGGUGCAGCUGCAAGAAUUUUUGAAUUAAAUGAUCGUAAACCUGAAAUCCCGUUAACAAAAGGUUUAAAACCAAGUUUAAAAGAUUUAUCAUCAACUAUUAAAUUUAAAAAUGUUUCAUUUUGGUAUCCAACAAGACCAAAUAUUCAAAUUUUCAAUAAUUUAACAUUUGAAAUUUCACCAGGUGAACAUGUUUGUAUUGUGGGACCAAGUGGAUCUGGUAAAUCUACAAUAACUUCAUUAUUAUUAAGAUUUUAUGAUGUUCAAAAAGGUGAAGUUUUAAUUAAUGAUAAAAAUUUAAAAAAUUUUAAUUUAAGAAGUUUUAGAAAAAAAAUUGGAGUUGUUCAACAAGAACCUUCAUUAUUUUCAGGUACUAUUUUAGAAAAUAUAACAUAUGGUAUUCAUAAUUAUAAAGAACAAGAUUUACAAAUUGCAUUAAAUAAGGCAAAUGUUUUAAAAUUCAUUAAUGAAUUCCCAGAUAAAUUAGAUACAAUUGUUGGACCAAGAGGUACACAAUUAUCAGGUGGUCAAAGACAAAGAAUUGCAUUAGCAAGAGCAUUAUUAUUAGAUCCUCCAUUAUUAAUAUUGGAUGAAAGUACAAGUGCAUUAGAUACAAAAUCAGAGAAAAUUAUAAGUGAAACAUUAAAUGAAAGAUGUAAAAAAGGAUUAACCACAAUUUCCAUUGCUCAUAGAGUUUCCACAAUUAAAAACAGUUCAAGAAUUAUUGUUAUUGGUAAAGAUGGACAAGUUGUUGAAACGGGGUCAUUUGAUGAUUUAAUUUCAAUUAAAAAUUCAUUUUUAAAUCAAUUAUUAAGUAAAAGUGAAGAUGAACAAUAUGUUGAAGUUAAAGAUCAACCAAGUAAUGAACAAGUUUUAGAAGAGAUUGAAGAGAAUGUUGAAAUUCAGACAGAAAAAGAUCUUUCUUUAAACAAAUGAGAUAUAUAGAUAAUGCAUGUAAAUAGGUAUUAAUCUACAGUAGUUGGUAAAAUGAAAAUCUAUAAAAUCAAACCAUAAAAAACUUUAUACAAAAUAAAGUAACCAUAUAACAUGAAUGCAAUAAAAAAAGAUAAAACAUAUGAUGAUAUAAAAAAUAAUAAUGAACCUGCAAUAAUAACAUAUUGAACACAUAACUGGGAUAUAUAUAAAAAAACCAUUCGAACUGAAACUUAAAAUCAAUCUAAAAUCAAAAUGAAAACUAUAACUUUGUCUUUUGUUCUCUUCAAGCCACUGCAGGGAUUGAAUCUCUUUCCUUUUUGAAAACUCCAUGAUGAGCAGUUAGUGCAGUUGGAGUUGUAUUUGUUGUAGGACUAUUUGGUGAAGUGUACCCAUUUGUUGAAAUUGGUGGGACUAAUGAAUUUAAAUU